AUGUCCAGCAGUGCGGAGCAGGCCGCUGGCCGAAGGCUGAUGACUUUUCUGCGUGAGUGGGACCGGGGCAGUGAGCGUGUCCGCCGGCGCAUGCUGCUGUCCUUCCUGUCCCAAAACUCUGGAAAGACGAGUCCGGAGCUGGAGCUGGAGUUCGCUCAGGCAGCCAGCCUGUUUCUGUCUCGCAUCACUGCCUGGAUCAGACUCACCUACAUGUUUGGCACAUGUCUGGAUCUCCAGCUGAAAGCACUGGGAGUUUUCCUCUCAGCUACCAGCAACAUCCGGUAUGUGAAGGAGUUUCUGGAGGUGGGAGGCGUGCUGACCCUGCUGGAGAUUCUGGGUCAGAAGCAGACCAAAGAGCCGGACAAGGCUCAAGCUCUCCACCUGCUGAACAUCAUCUCCAACGCUGGACGCAAGAACAAGGAGCUCAUCUGUGAAAGCUAUGGUGUGCGGGCUGUAGCUGAGUGUUUGGCUCAGUCGGGUUCAGAGGAGACGCAGAGGGCAGCGUCCACUCUGCUGGAGUCCUUGGCUCAGGGGAACCCCUCAUACCAGCAGCAGGUGUAUAAGGGCUUGAUCGCACUGCUGGCCUGCAGCUGCCCCAAAGCCCAGCAGCUCGUGCUUCAGACCUUACGCACAGUGCAGUCCAUUGUGAAGACCACUCAUCCUGCUGUUGUGGAGCCCUUGCUGAAUUUGCUGCGGUCUUUCCAUCUGGAGGUGCAGUAUGAGGUCAUAGAGCUGAUUGUAGAGCUGCAGCAGACUGAGGUCAGAACUGCUCUCCUCCGUGCUCUGGUCACUCUGCUGAAACCAGCCCGAGAAGGAGUCCGCAAGCACAAGAUACUGCAGGAUCGAGAGAUGAUGAAGAUGACGGACUCCUUACCGCUGUUUGUCCAGCAGGCUGCAGCGGCUAAAGCCCUACGGAUGCUGGCUGAGGGCAGCCAGGAGACGUCUGAAGACCUGAUCCAUCUCGGGGUGGUGCACCAUUUACUGUACGCGAUGGGCAAUCAGGAGCACACAGACGCUCAGAGACAGGCCAGUCUAGCUCUGGAGCAUUUUGUGCGCUCAUAUCCAGUGGUGGAGGAACAUGUGCGCACGGCUAUGGGACCCGGUCUGUUCAGCUCAUUCAUGCACAACGCUGAGCUGCUGUACAUGAGCAUGGAUGGAAUUCAGGCUGAUAUUUUACUGUCAAACAGAGUAAAUAUUUCAAGAGAACUUGAAGAGCAGAAUGUAGAAUCCUGACCGUAACUGGACAGAAGUGGACCGACUAGCUUCAGUUUUUUUUUUUAUAUCUAUGCUAACUAUGC